ACACUAAGUCAAUUUGAAAGACGCUUCGCGCAGCCAAGCCAAGCAGUAAAUAUUAUUUUGGAUAAAAACAAACGAAGUUCUCAUGGACAAACUGAGCGCGGUGCGCAUUGCGGCCCGCGAGGCGCCGUACCGCCAGUUCUUGGGGCGUCGGGAGCCGAGCGUCGUCGAAUUCCCGCCCUGGGGCGAUGGAAAGUCGCUAGUGGUGGAGCAGAACGAGUUCCACUUCGACCACGCCUUCCCGUCCACCGUCGGCCAGGACGAGAUGUACCUGGCCCUGAUCCGGCCGCUGGUGGAGAAGGCCCUCCAGGGCUUCCAGUGCACGGCACUGGCCUACGGACAGACGGGAACGGGCAAGAGCUACUCCAUGGGCAUGGCGCCCCCGGACAAGGUCCAAAAGCCCGAGCACCUCGGUGUUCUGCCGCGCUGUCUGGCCGACAUCUUGGACCGUGUGACGGCCAAGCAGGAGAACGAGAAGGAGCCCAUCCAGGUGUUCGCCUCCUUCAUCGAGAUUUACAACGAAAAAGCCUAUGAUCUCCUGGGCUCCAUACCACAAACGCCCAUGGUGGCUGCGCGCUGCCAAAGAUGCACCUGCCUCCCCUUGCGCAACCAGGAGGAUCUGCAGGACCUGCUGCAGCAGGGCACUGGGAAUCGGCGCGUGCGCUCUACCAAGAUGAAUUCAAGCAGCUCCCGAUCACACGCCAUAGUGACCAUACAUGUGAAAAGUAGCACCAGUCAUUCGAGACUAAAUAUAGUGGAUCUGGCCGGGUCGGAAGGAGUGCGGCGAACCGGGCACGAGGGCGUGGCCAAGCAGGAGGGAGUCAACAUCAAUCUGGGUCUGCUCAGCAUCAACAAGGUGGUGAUGUCCAUGGCGGCGGGCCGCACGGUGAUUCCCUACCGCGACAGCGUCCUUACCACAGUCCUACAGGAAUCGCUCACCGCGCAGUCAUAUCUAACCUUCCUGGCCUGCAUCAGUCCCCAUCGAUGCGAUCUUAGCGAGACGUUGGCCACUUUGCGCUUCGGCACCAGCGCCAAAAAGCUCCGCCUGAAUCCGAUGCAAGUGGCUCGGCAAAAGCAAUCGCUGGCCACACGGACGCCCCACGUCUUCCGCAAGGUGCUGAGCAGCUCGACGGCCAUCAAACGGCAAGCCGCCGAACAGAACAGCCUUUUUGUUCCCAAUCCGAAAUCCGCCAUGUCCAAGCCGCUGACCAACGUUCUCCACCGGACGCGAUCCGAAUUGGGCCUGACCCCCAAAGCCAAGAAGAGGGCUCGCGAGCUAUUGCAGCUGGAGGAUACAACCCUAGAACCCUCGUCUAUUCACAUCUCCGACAGCAGUCUUAGUCUGGUGGGCUUUCAGGCCGAAGUCGAAAAGGACAGGCAGUUGAUGCCCCCACCUGGAGUGGGACCCGGGCAACCCGGCAGCCUUCACUCCACCGCAGUGAGCAUUGCCGAGGUGGAUGAGCUGGAGGAGCCAGCUGAGGUGCAACAGUCGCUGAUAUCCGGCACAGUUCAUAGCCAGCUCUUCAGGACAAACGUCAGCCCCAUAAGAUUGAGGUCAUCCAGCAUUUUGAAGGAACUCAGUGGAAUCCAACCCAUGGAGGAAACUUUAAUUCCUCCCCCUAAGCCACCGUCUGUUCUCCGACGCUCCAUGCGUCUGGCCAACCAAAGCAGGCAGAACUACGGGGCCAUUCCCAAAAUUGCCAAUUUUCGGAACAGGCAGCAGUCAGAAAGCCGGGAAAGCUCAGCUUCCGUCACAGUAAAAAAGGAGAAAGUUACCCAGCUCAAGGAUCUGAUAACGCAAGUUGAAGCUCCCCCAAAAACAAGUCGCUCGAGGAAGAAAAAAUCUCCAACCGACGAUUGGAUGGCCCAUAAUAAGAGCCUAUUCCUUGGCCUGCUCAACAGGGGCAGCGUAAAGGAACUGCAGAAAGUUCCCGGGAUCGGACCAAAGACAGCUUUUACUUUGGUUAUGCAUAGAUCUCGCCUGGGAUGCUUCCUGAAUCUGGGCCAAGUAAAAGACCUGCCCAUUUGGCCUGGCAAGAGCUGGGAUAGGUUUAGCCAAGCAAACUGCCUAGAGAUUUGAUUAUAAUAAGUAUACUCGCUAAGUUUUAUGUUUAACUAUCUAUUGGGGCUUUCCUAUGAUUUACAAAACCCCUGAUUAUAAGUAGAAAACAUAAUGGAGCAGGAUAUCCAAAUACCUUGACACUUACAGAAAGGUUUUUGUGUGUAAUAUGUGUAAUAUUUUUUAAUGUUUAUUUUUUUGAUUUUUUAUAGAUAGAUGUAAGCUUGAAAACUUCCGUGUUAAGAUCUAUGUAUACCAAUGUCUUAAAAUAAACAAUGUGAAAGAUUAUAACACUAAAA